AUGCUCUCCCGGUUGAGAGCAGCCGCCGCUCCCUGCGCCACGGCCUGUCGCAGCGCCCAUACGAAAGAAAAAGGCAAGCCCCUGAUGCUAAACCCACGAACAAACAAGGGCAUGGCCUUCACGUUGCUGGAACGACAGAUGCUUGGGUUGCAAGGACUUCUACCUCCGAAAAUCGAGACACAAGACAUCCAAGCCUUACGAUUCCAUAAGAAUUUGGCAAAAAUGAACGACCCCCUGGAAAAGUAUAUCUACAUAAUGGGAAUCCAAGAAAGAAAUGAGAAAUUAUUCUAUAGGGUAUUACAAGACGAUAUCGAGAGGUUAAUGCCAAUUGUGUAUACCCCAACGGUGGGCCUUGCCUGCUCSCAGUAUGGACACAUCUUCAGGAGACCAAAAGGAUUAUUUAUUUCUAUCUCAGACAGAGGUCAUAUAAGAUCAAUUGUGAACAACUGGCCAGAGAAUGAUGUUAAGGCUGUUGUCGUCACUGACGGAGAAAGAAUAUUGGGUCUUGGAGACCUUGGUGUCUAUGGAAUGGGAAUUCCAGUAGGAAAACUGUGUCUGUAUACGGCGUGUGCCGGCAUACACCCAGAUAAGUGCUUGCCUGUGUGUAUCGACGUUGGAACUGAUAAUACAACACUCUUAAAAGAUCCGUUUUAUAUGGGCCUGUACCAGAAAAGGGAUCGCUCGCAGGCCUACGAUGAUCUCAUAGAUGAAUUUAUGGAAGCCAUUACAGACAGGUAUGGCCAGAACACACUUAUCCAGUUUGAGGACUUUGGAAAUCACAAUGCUUUUCGGUUUCUGAGAAAAUACAGAGAGAAGUAUUGCACCUUCAAUGAUGAUAUUCAAGGAACAGCCUCAGUGGCCUUAGCUGGACUCCUGGCAGCACAGAGAGCCACUGGUAAACCCAUUGCAGAGCAGAAAGUGCUGUUCCUUGGGGCAGGAGAGGCUGCCCUGGGAAUUGCAAACCUCAUUGUCAUGGCUAUGAUGGAAAGCGGUGUUUCUGCCGAGGAAGCCUACAAGAAAAUAUGGAUGUUUGACAAAUACGGUUUACUGGUUCAGGGCCGGGAACACAUCAUAGAUUCCAACCAAGAACCAUUCACGCACCCGGCUCCAGAGCACAUACCAAAAACGUUUGUGGAGGCUGUGAAUGUACUUARGCCUUCAGCUAUCAUUGGAGUUGCAGGAGCCGGACGGCUCUUCUCGCACGACGUGAUCAAAGCCAUGGCCUCUAUCAAYGAGCAGCCCAUCAUCUUUGCGCUGAGCAACCCCACGGUGAAAGCUGAGUGCACAGCAGAGGAGGCCUACACGUUAACGGAGGGCCGGUGCCUCUUUGCCAGCGGCAGCCCCUUCGACCUGGUGACUCUGAAAGAUGGACGAGUCUUCAAACCAGGCCAGGGCAACAACGCCUACAUCUUCCCAGGCGUGGCCCUCGCUGUGGUCCUCAGCAGUGUCCGGCAUAUCAGUGAUAAGGUUUUCCUAGAGGCUGCCAAGGCACUGGCAGAACAGUUGACGGAUGAAGAACUUGCACAAGGACGACUUUAUCCUCCUCUGUCUAAUAUCAGGGAAGUUUCUAUUUAUAUCGCUGUCAAGGUUAUGGAGUUUUUGUACAUGAACAACAUGGCUUUCCACUAUCCYGAGCCCGCAGACAAGAACCGCUACAUCCGAUCAAAAGUUUGGACCUACGAAUACGAGUCCUUCAUGCCCGAUGUGUACGACUGGCCCGAGUCCAAGGUACACUGAGGCGCCAGGAGAUGCACUCCUCGGGCAGCACCUUCUACUCUGCAGGGAUCCCUUUUUCAGACCAAUUUAAAUCGUGACUUUUGAGACUUGUAAUUUAUUUUCUCUGGUUUUGUUAUCUUCUUCCCUCCCUUGUUUUUGAUUUGACAUAGAUUCAUCACCAUAUGGGUGAUAGCGUCGGUCACGUAACUGAUAAAGCACUCCAGAAAGGAUUUGCAUAAUGUUGCAUUUCCAGCUUAGAGCCCUCACCACACUAAAGAAUUCCAAUAAUGAUGUUUUAGCUGCAUGCAUAUUGUAAUGAAUUACAGCCCUCUCCUCACGGCUGAUCCAGAAUCAUUCACUUCUGCUUUUAAUAAUCAGCCUUCUAUCUGACUCUCCUGGUGUUGUCACGCUGCAUUAUUUGUGACAACGUAAGAGAAUUUGUCAAGAAAAAAUAAGGAUAGCUUUGGACACAUCUGGCAGUCGAGCGGGCUGUUUGCUCUGAUGAUUAAAGACACACAUGUCCAGACUUCCCUGCUUCCUUGGCUGCUCUGUGUUUGGGGAUGUGCUUUGAGGAGCAGCGUGGUGUGCACAUGUGGCAUCUGCAGCCRUAUCUGCCUUGCGAAUCCUCAUCAGUGUGUGAAACCUCCUGUCAGGAGACAUGGGAGGUAGUUAAAAUACAGCCUUGGAAAGUCUGCAAAAAUAUUAAUCGCUUACUGACUUUAAAAACAAAGCUGUGCUGUUGCUGCAGGAAUUGUAUCAAGAUGGAAUCUCAAGGCGUUACAGAAAUCUUUUGGAGGGAGAUCUGUGGUGGACGCCAAGGUGAUGUACCAAAAGGCAUCGGUUUCAUUAGUCUAUUUUUUAAGGCUUGCUUUAUUUCUAAGUAAAUCAACAAGGUAAUUUUCUCCCUUUAGUUUGCCUAACUUUGCUUUCAYGAGAGGACUUGAAUUUGCUGUUUUUAUGAUACCACUGACUUGAAGGGCUCCUGGGUGGGCUUAGUUGCCACUUUGAACAAAAGACUCGCCACGAGCCGGUGAGGU